AUGCUGCAGCGCGCCAUUACUACGUCCCUUAAGCCCGUCGGAAAGAGAUUCAUGUCGUCACAAGUGCCUCCCUUCCACCUCGCUGUGCCAGUUCACGACCUGGCGGAAGCCAAGGAUUUCUAUGGCACCAAACUAGGCUUCAUCGAGGGACGCUCGUCCAAGCAGUGGCAGGACUACAACAUGUUCGGCCACCAGCUCGUUGUGCACCAAGCGACGAAGGACUACCGUGGCGUGGACUUCUUCAACCCCGUCGAUGCGGACGAUGUGCCGGUCCCGCACUUUGGUGUGGCUCUGACAGUCGACGAGUUCCACGCCCUCUCGAAGCGUGUGCAGGGCCUCAACAUCAAGUUUAUCGUGGAGCCUCACCUCCGCUUCGCAGGCCGUAAGGGUGAGCAGUGGACCAUGUUUUUCAAGGACCCAAGCGGCAACAACCUCGAGUUCAAGGCCAUGACCAACCCAGAGAACCUGUUCGCCAAGUACGUCGAGGAGUGA